UUGGACAAAUAUUUAGUCAAGAUUAUAAAGGAACCCCGGAAAGCCAGCUCCAAAAAUGGUGUAACGAAAUCUAAACAGGGAGUUUCAGAGAACAGAAUUGUUACAAGAGAUAAAAUCUAGGGAGCCAAAUUUUUCUAUGUGAUAAACAAAGCUAUAAUAAGAGAGAAAGAGAAGAGCAGUUGGACAAAGCUAUCCACCCUUUGUAUAUACCAACCUCUUGCGAAUAAUCUGGAGAAGACUGGUAGGAGAAGCCUCAUUAAAGUUAGCUAAGUCCAAAGGGGAGAGACCGAUGACCAAUAAAAACAAAUAAAGAAAAAGUGAACAAAGAAGAAGAUGGCUGCCUUCGGGUACGAUUGCAUAACCCAAAACCGAAAGUUGAGAGAACAAAGUCAGGAAUUUGAUGUAGGAUCAGGAACAGACAUGUAAAACAAGCACAAGAAAGAAAGAAAAAGUUAGAAGAAGUGGGAAAAAGAAGAGAGUUUGAUCAUCUGUUUGUUUUGGAGGGAAGGAAGAAGGUUAUAUAUCUGUUCUUUCAUCUUUUCGUUUUGUACUGUUUGGACGGAAAGAAAGUGUGGGAAACUAAGAUGGUGGUGUACAUCAAGAGAGAUAUCCUUGAAGAUGUGGCGAUAAUUGGAGGAUUGGUAGGGGUGCAAUUUGUGUAUGCAGGGAACUCACUUUUACUUGGUUAUCUUAUGUCCCUUGGCCUCAGCCCUUUCACCAUUAUUAUUUUCUUCACCCUUUCCACCUUCAUUAUUCUCACUCCUUUUGCUGUUUAUUUUGAAAGGAGCAAAUGGCCCAAACAAUUGACCUUGAAGUUUAUAACUCAGCUGGUUUUGAUCUCCUUCGGAGGAGUUACUCUGUUCCAAUGCCUAUUCCUCAAGGGGAUUAAUCUAACUUCACCAGCAAUGGCAACAGCCAUGCCAAACCUUGCUCCAGGCCUUAUCUUCAUAAUUGCUUGGACUUGCAGGCUAGAAAAAGUUGCUCUAAGUUGCCUAUACGGUAAAGUAAAGAUUGUAGGCACAUUGAUGUGUGUGGUAGGUGCCCUUACAAUGAGCUUAAUGCAGAGCGCUGUCUCAUCAAAAGAUGCAAGGAUUAUAGCUCCUCCGACUGACGAUGUCGUUUUCGACAAAAAUAAAAUCAUCGGUUGCAUGUACCUCAUGGCAGCGGUAUUGGUUCUAUCCAGCAACGUAGUCUUGCAGGCGACAACAUUGGGUGACUUUCCUGCUCCGAUGUCUUUGUGUGCCAUAACAUCAUUAAUUGGAGUGAUUAUAACUGCAAUGGUGCAGCUGGUCGAAGAUCAUCAAUUAAAAUUGGGUUGGCCCCUUGUUAGCGUUAAGGACCUAAUCGCCUUUUCUCUACUGGGAGGUACUGUGGGCGGAGCAUGUGUAAGCUUCAACGGAUGGGCAAUGAGGAAGAGGGGACCGGUUCUUGUCUCAAUGUUCAGCCCCAUUGGAACAGUCAUCUCAGUCAUUCUCUCUUUUGUUACUUUAGGGGAGACAAUUUCAUUAGGAAGCCUUGCUGGAAUGUUCCUCAUGUUCACCGGUCUCUACUUCGUCUUGUGGGCUAAAGGAAAAGAAGUUUUCUCGGAUGGGAAUGGCCUGGAAAAAGCUUGAUAUACCAGCAGCCUGUACAGUUUUCUGACUCUAUGUAAAGGUGAUAGAGGUAGCUUGGGAAGAGUUGGACAAAUGUUAUUAGUUUUUCGGAAAUUUCUUUCAACAAAAGAAUAGUAUCUCUGAUUAUCUCUGUCAGAUUAGAUUGUGUAGAGGGUAGCAGCAGGCCUUAGAGAAGUGGAAACAACUUGAGCAUCCUACUAGGAUAAAUUUACACAAAUUGUCAUCAUUUCAAGAGGAAGAGAUAAUGUGUUUUGAGGCAAAAAAUGAGUCCAAAGAUGGUCUGACUGCUGCAAGUUCACCGGGAUUUUGGCCUAUUGGUCAUUCUAGAUUCAGAGUAAUGGCAAUAUUUGUAUAAAGCACUUGUGAUUUUGUUCAAAGACCCCUUUCGUUUUUUUC